GAGUCGGUUUGUUCAUACAGUGCGUAACGUAUUUCGAGUUCGGGAACGGAUACGGGACUUUGGAUACAGAUAUCCAAAGAGAGGUUGCUUUCUCUUAAGAGCGACUCUUCUUAAGUUUUCAUCAUGCCGGUUUUUCACACCAAGACCAUAGAAAGUAUCCUGGAGCCCGUGGCUCAGCAGAUCUCUCAUCUGGUGAUCAUGCAUGAGGAGGGAGAGGUGGACGGGAAGGCGAUACCGGAUCUCACCGCUCCCGUACUGGCCGUGCAGGCUGCUGUCAGCAACCUGGUCCGGGUAGGAAAGGAGACGGUUCAGACCACAGAAGACGCCAUCAUGAGGAGAGACAUGCCUCCUGCUUUUAUAAAGGUCGAGAACGCUUGUACUAAACUAGUGCAGGCUGCUCAUAUGUUAAAGUCCGACCCGUAUUCUGUCCCGGCCAGAGAUUAUCUGAUCGAUGGCUCACGCGGGAUCCUGUCAGGCACCUCUGACCUGCUUCUCACCUUCGAUGAGGCCGAGGUUCGUAAAAUCAUCCGUGUGUGUAAAGGCAUACUGGAGUAUCUGACGGUUGCUGAGGUCGUGGAAUCGAUGGAAGACCUGAUCACAUACACAAAGAAUCUGGGGCCAGGUAUGACAAAGAUGGCGAAGAUGAUUGACGAGCGACAGCAGGAAUUGACUCAUCAGGAGCACAGGGUCAUGCUGGUGAACUCCAUGAACACAGUGAAGGAGCUGCUGCCCGUCCUCAUAUCAGGCAUUAAGAUCUUCGUUACGACCAGGACGUCUCAGGGGAAGGGUGUGGAGGAGGCACUGAAGAACAGGAACUUCACCGUGGAGAAGAUGAGCACAGAAAUCAAUGAGAUCAUUCGUGUACUGCAGCUCACGUCCUGGGAUGAGGACGCCUGGGCCAAUAAGGACACAGAGGAAAUGAAGCGAGCACUGGCUCUGAUCGACUCGAAAAUGGCCCAGGCCAAGAAUUGGCUCAGAGACCCUCAUGCCCAGCCAGGUGACUCUGGCGAGCAGGCCAUUGGUCAGAUUUUGGAUGAAGCAGGUAAAGUGGGCGAACUCUGUGCUGGGAAAGAGAGGAGAGAUAUUGUGGGCACAGCCAAAACUCUUGGACAGAUUACCGAACAGGUUUCUGAGUUACGAGCCAGGGGUCAGGGAGCGAGUCCAGUGGCCAUGCAGAAAGCGCAGCAGGUGUCUCAGGGUUUGGACGUUCUGACGGGGAAAGUUGAAAAUGCGGCGCAUAAAUUGGAGGCUAUGACCAACUCAAAACAAGCCAUCGCCAAGAGAAUAGACGCUGCUCAGAACUGGCUGGCGGACCCCCACAGAGGUCCCGAGGGUGAGGAGAACAUCAAGGCUCUUCUGGGGGAGGCGAGGAAGAUCGCUGACCUGUGUGAAGAUCCCAAAGAAAGAGAGGACAUCCUGCGCAACAUGGGCGAGAUCAACGCGCUCACCGCCAAACUCUCUGAGCUCAAGAAAUUAGGUAAGGGUGAUACUCCUGAGGCUCGUGCUUUGGCGAAGCAGAUCGCCACGGCUCUGCAGAAUCUUCAGUCCAAAACCAGUAAAUCCGUAGCCAACUCUCGCCCGGCCAAAGCCGCCGUUCACCUGGAAGGCAAAAUCGAGCAAGCUCAGAGAUGGAUCGAAAACCCAACACUGGACGACAGCGGUGUCGGUGAGUUUCUGGAAAUUGUCAGUUUAAAUAAAACAAAAAUUUGUUACUCAUUUAAAUAUUUCCUUCUUUUGUCGUCUGUGUUUGUAGGCCAGGCUGCGAUUCGUGGGCUGGUUGCCGAGGGCCGUCGUCUGGCCAAUGCGUUGCCGGCAUCUCAUAGGCACGAUUUGUUGGGUAAAUGCGAGGAGGUGGAGCAUCUGAUGGCGCAGUUAGCCGAACUAGCGGCUCGUGGAGACGGAGAUGGUCCACAAUCCCGUGCAAUCGCUCAACAGCUACAGGAUACUCUCCAAGAUCUGAAGGGUAAAAUGCAGGAAGCCAUGACACAGGAAGUUUCUGAUAUCUUCAGUGACACGACCACACCCGUCAAACUAUUGGCUGUGGCAGCGACGGCCCCAUCGAACACCCCCAAUAGAGAGGAGGUGUUUGAUGAGCGGGCGGCAAACUUUGAGAAUCACGCCGGGCGUCUGGGCGCUACAGCAGAGAAGGCGGCCGCCGUGGGCUCUGCCAAUAAGAGCACCGUAGAGGGCAUCCAAGCCGCGGUUAAAUCUGCCCGAGAGCUCACGCCACAGGUUGUUUCAGCAGCUCGAAUCCUCCUCAAGAAUCCUGGUAAUCAGGCGGCAAGCGAGCACUUUGAAACCAUGAAGAAUCAGUGGAUCGACAAUGUUGAGAAAAUGACAGGUCUGGUGGAUGAGGCGAUCGACACCAGGUCUUUGUUGGACGCAUCAGAAGAAGCCAUUAAGAAAGAUCUGGAUAAGUGUCAGGUAGCUAUGGCCAAUCACCAGCCUCAGAUGCUGGUCGCCGGGGCAACCAGCAUCGCUCGGCGAGCCAAUCGGAUCAUGCUGGUGGCAAAACGAGAGGUGGAGAACUCGGAGGACCCGAAGUUUAGAGAAAUGGUGAAAGCAGCUUCAGACGAGCUCAGCAGAACCAUCUCACCAAUGGUCAUGGAUGCCAAGGCGGUGGCUGGAAACAUACAGGACCAAGGUCUUCAGAGGGGUUUCCUGGACUCUGGUUUCAAGAUUCUGGGUGCCGUGGCUAAAGUCAGAGAGGUGUUCCAGCCGCAGGAGCCGCAGGAGCCGGACUUCCCCCCUCCACCUCCAGACCUGGAGCAGUUGCAGAUAAACGACGAUGCUGCUCCCCCAAAACCGCCCCUGCCGGAGGGUGAAAUGCCCCCUCCCCGACCUCCACCACCUGAGGAGAAGGACGACGAGUUCCCAGAGCAGCAGGCCGGAGAGAUGGUCAGCGAGCCCAUGAUGGUGGCCGCCCGACAGCUACAUGACGAGGCCCGGAAGUGGUCGAGCAAGGGUAAUGACAUCAUCGGCGCGGCUAAGCGCAUGGCUCUAUUGAUGGCGGAGAUGUCUCGACUGGUGCGUGGAGCCACCGGGAAUAAGAGAGCCCUCAUCCAGUGUGCCAAAGACAUCGCCAAAGCCUCCGAUGAGGUCACACUCCUCGCCAAAGAAGUCGCCAAGCAGUGUACAGACAAACGCAUCAGAACCAACCUGCUGCAGGUGUGUGAGAGAAUUCCUACCAUCAGCACACAAUUGAAGAUUCUCUCCACUGUGAAGGCCACCAUGUUGGGACGCACCAAUAUCAGCGAGGAGGAAUCAGAGCAGGCUACUGAGAUGUUGGUCCAUAACGCUCAGAACCUGAUGCAGUCCGUGAAGGAGACUGUGAGAGAAGCCGAAGCCGCAUCCAUCAAGAUCCGCACAGAUGCCGGAUUCACCCUCCGCUGGGUCCGUAAGACACCGUGGUACCAGUGAGGAGCAGAACCAGCACAAACAUCCCAGCGUGCACUUGGAGAAACAGUUCAGACCAGGUUCGAAAUGUCAUUGCAGACAUGACGUCCACCUCGUGUAGGGGUGACCAAACUAUUCCAUAUCAAAACCAUUCUUGAGGAUGUUCAUGGGUGUAAAAUAAGGGACGAUUCGAUUAAACCGUAUGGUGGUCAAUUCCUUUUCUAAUUUGUGGAGAGAUAUUUUGAAUGCUGAUGUAUUGCAAAGGUCGUUAUUUUUAUUAUUUCUCAGAUAUUUUUACAGAAACAAUAAAUGGGGCAUUUUGAAGCCAUUUGAUUUUCGUAGAUGCAGUUUAAAGUGACUUUAUAUGUACACUAUAUAUCUCAUUUUCGUAUUCUUAUUUUCAGCUGCCUUUAUUCAGUCUUUGAAUGUAUUUUCUAAUGCAUCAUCACACACGCGCACACACACUCAUCUUUAUAUUUUGUCUUCACAUGCACAGAAACACAAGCACAGAUGUUGAUAUUCUGCAAUCCUUGCUGAGGAUAUGAGUAAAUGUGCUUUUAUAUGUAAAAGUGUAUGUGAAAACUGCAAAGAAUCAGUUUUAUAAUCAGCAUUUAUCGUCUUCAAUAUCUUCUAAACAAGAUACAUUUACUGGAGAAGCUAAAUUGUGUAACAGACUUUUUUCAGCCCAUUUUUUUAAGCAUUUUGCUUCUCACAUAAGUGUAUUUUGUUUUAAGGAUGUUUCAGUAUUUUCACAGAAAAACAAGACAAGAAUACUGAUUAUAAAAAUCGAUUUCACCAAAGCUAUAGUUGUUGUUUACCUGUUUAUCUAGUGCAUAAUUUAUCAAUAAACCAUCCAAACUAUCAUUCAGGGAUGACUAAAUUAAACCUACGAGCUUGUGCUUCAUGUGUACCUGUGAACUAUGCAAAUGAAAUCUGUUUCUAACCACACAAAACGCACUGCUGUCCUCGUAUUUCCACUAUAGACUUCACUGUGCUAGAUACACUACUAAACGCUCUUGCAGAUUGUGCACUCAAGUAUAUUUAUAUGAGUGAAGGUAUGCUCUUGACAUAACUUUUCCUUUUAUAAUAUUGAGGAGUAGUUUGUGUAAAUAAUGUGUCCUUCUCUACAGACAGCCUGUAAGACCUUUGUGCCUUGUCAUAAUAAAAUAACUAAUUAUCA